UGUGUCUGAGGAGCCGCCAUCAACGGUUCGCUGAGCGGUUUCUGCCCCUGGCAGAAAUUAGCACCGUCGUUAUGUCCCGCUACCAGUACCCCCCCAACACUUCUCUUUUCGUGAGAAAUGUGGCUGACUACAUUAGAUCUGAAGAUUUACGGCGUGAAUUUGGUCAUUAUGGCCCUAUAGUCGAUGUGUAUGUUCCACUUGACUUUUAUACUCGACGGCCAAGGGGAUUUGCUUAUGUUCAAUUUGAGUUUGUCCGCGAUGCUGAAGAUGCUUUACAAAAUUUGGACAGAAAAUGGAUUUGUGGUCGUCAAGUCGAAAUAGAGUUUGCGCAGGGGGAUCGAAAAACACCAAAUCAAAUGAAAGCCAAGGAAGGGAGGAAUGUGUACCGUUCUUCACGCUAUGAUGAUUAUGACAGAUACAGACGUUCUAGAAGCCGAAGUUAUGAAAGGAGGCGAUCAAGAAGUCGGUCUUUUGAUUACAACUAUAGAAGAUCUUAUAGCCCUAGAAACAGUAGACCUAUUCGAAGACGACGGCGUAGCAGAAGCCAUUCCGACAGCGAUAGAUUCAAACACCGAAAUCGAUCUUCUUCAACAUCUACAUCCAAUUCAAGAUCACGGUCCAAGUCCAAGCCCAAGAGGGAAACGAAGGCUAAAUCACGUUCCAGGUCUGCAUCUCGCACCAAAACUAGAGGCACCUCUAAAACUUAUUCCAGAACAAAGUCUGGCGCAAGAUAUGAAAAGGAAUCAAGGAAGAAAGAAAGACUUAGAUCCAAAUCUCAGUCAAGAUCACAGUCUAGAUCUAGGUCAAAAUCUAGAUCAAGGUCUUAGACUAUUCCUAAGUCCAUUGGCCACUGAUGGUAUAAACCAUGAUAAAUUUUAGGCAUGUAUCAUUUAUUUACUCAUAGUUUGGUAUACUUAAAACAUUGGGAACAUAAUGUUGCAAUGAUGCAUAAAAAUACGUGUUAGUUUUCCCUGUACCUGGCAAUGGUUAUAAUUAAAAUGAUAUGCUGUUGAGAAGUUAUGGGCAGCUACCAAAUUUGUGUUGUUGAUAUUUUUUGUAAAGAUUCUCAAAUUUUAUGCUUGAAAUUUUGGUGAAAAGAUGUUGGUUGACCAUAGUUUGCAGCAUUGUUUUAUUAAGAAUAAACUUUCAAUAUCCAUAUUUGGUUAAACACAACAUAGAAAUAUAGCUUGUUAAUAAGAUGGAAUGAUACAAAAGUGAAGUUGUAGCCACAGUGCAACACUGACUGCUCAGAUACAUUUAGGUCCAUGGUGGACCUUUUUGUCUUAUCAAAAUGUGUAUGCCUAUGAUAAUAGUUUACUUAUGAUACAGUGUGUAAUAAUACUUUUGUUAACCCCACUGUCUUGGGGAAUGAUGCCCACUUGGUUAAGUAGUAUUUUCAGGGUAAUAAUUUUUGAAUGAAACAUGAAGCUUUCACUGCUUUUUUUUUUCUGGUUUCUAUGAAGGUUUGGAAUAUAAUAAUAUCAGAAAAGCUCCCCUUAAAAUUUGAGAAGGUCAAUGAUUACAAAUAUUUUUUAGGGGGAAAAGAAUGUUCUUAAUGUAGUUAUUCUAAAAUUUAAGGAGCACUGUUGCUUGGAUUUCUUAUUUCUGUUAGGAGCAAGUAAAUUGUUUCAAAGUAGGGGUGUUUGUGGGUAUAUGUGUGCGUGUGCACGCAUAUUGUAAAAGAACUGAAUUUUGAUGCUUACAGCACUCAGUGCGUACAUUUUUAUCACAAUUUCCCUACCUCUUUAUGAGGGAGAUUUUCUCUUCACAUGUCAGUUUAUUUAACAUGAGGCAAGUUGAAAGACAACACUCCCAUUCUAAGUGAAUGAUUCUGUGGUGCCAUGGAAUUUAAAAUAAUUUGGGGAAAAUGGUUAGUUUUAAGCAAGAGCCACCUCAUGAGUUUUUGUUUAUACCUGAUUAAAAGUGGGGAAGUAAUACAGUUAACUAUAAUUUCUAGUAUUUCUCUGAAUGGUCAUUUGAAGGCAAUAAAAAGUGACUUGAAAAGUCCAGUCUCAUUUCAGAGUAAAAAGCUAGCAUCUUUUGAAACCUAAGAUUACAUAUAUAUGUGCUUACUUGCAGAUAUAAGUAAAAAGUAUUGUGGGGAAACGAUUCCUUUUUUCAAUUUUGAUUUUAGAAAUCUAGGUAUAGCCUGUAAAGAACAAAAAGAUGGUUUUUAAAUACCAUUUGUGUGUUUAAAAGAUUGAUUCUACAACCUUUGUAUAUUUGAUACUAUUUCUUUCAUUUCUUUACUAUUUGAAGUUAAUAUAAAGUUCAUGUUCUGCUAUGCAAUCAUUUAUAUGCACGUUUCUUUAUUUUUUUUUAGAUUUUCCUGAAUGUAUAUUUUAAACAAUAAAAAGUCUAUUUAAAACUGUAGCAGUAUUUGUAGUUCUAGCAAAGAGAAACGUUGUGGGGUUAAACUCUGUAUUUUCUUUCUUAUAGAAGUUUCUGAAAAGAUAUUUUUAUAUGUUCUUUUAACAAUUAUUGUAUACAACCUUUGAAAACAUCAAAGUUUGCAUCAAAACAAGACACAGGUUAUUUUAUGCUUGUUGUAAAUUCAGCAAAUGUGCUAUAAUAAAAACAAAAGGAAGGAAAAAAAGUGAAAAGAAAAUGGGAGAAAAUAAUUGCAAAUCAAAAAGCUGGCAUAGAUAUGCUUUAUAUCUAGAAUAAAGUCAUUUUUCAACAA